AUGGAAACUAAAAUGGUUUCAAAAGCCAAAAGACUUCACUUUAUUUUGAUCCCUCUCAUGGCUCAAGGGCAUCUAAUCCCCAUGGUUGAUAUUUCCAAGAUUCUUGCGCGACAAGGCAACAUCGUUACCCUAAUUUCAACCCCUCAAAAUGCUUCAAGAAUUGCGAAGACAGUUGAACGUGCGAGAUCAGAGUCAGGUCUCCAAAUCAACGUGGUGACAUUCCCAAUUGCCUACAAAGAAUUUGGUCUUCCUGAAAAUUGUGAGACUCUCGACACUUUGCCCUCCAAAGACCUAUUACGCAAAUUCUAUGACGCUGUGGAAAAACUCCAGGAGCCCGUAGAAAACUUUCUUGAGCAACAAGAAACCCCUCCAAGUUGCAUAAUCUCUGACAAAAGCCUUUUCUGGACGGCCAAAACCGCGAAAAGGUUCAAUAUCCCAUGGAUUUUGUUCCACGGAAUGUGUUGUUUCACUCUUUUAAGCUCCCACAACAUCCAUCUUCAUAGCCCGCACCUAUCUGUUUCUUCAGACUCGGAGCCUUUUACAAUACCAGCAAUGCCACAUAAGGUCGAGAUAGCUAGAUCUCAGUUAUCUGGUGCCUUUAGGAAACAAGCAAAUAGGGAUGACGUUCGCCGCGAGAAGAUGCGUGAAUCUGAAGCAGAAGCCUUUGGAGUUAUUGUCAAUAGCUUCCAGGAAUUGGAACCAGGCUAUGCUGAGGCCUACGCUGAGGCCAUCAAGAAGAAGGUAUGGUUUGUUGGACCUGUUUCUUUAUGCAAUACUCGUAUGGUGAACUUAUUCGAUAGAGGAAACAACUCUAACAUUGCGAUUAGUGAGACCGCAUGCUUGAAGUUUCUGGAUUCCAUGAGACCAAAGUCUGUCUUAUAUGUUUGUCUAGGUAGCCUUUGUAAACUUAUACCUAAUCAAUUGAUAGAACUAGGGUUAGGGUUAGAAGAAUCUGGAAAGCCCUUUAUUUGGGUGAUCAAGACCGAGGAAAAACACAUGAAUGCGAUAAAUGAAUGGCUAAAACUUGAAAUGUUUGAAGAGAGAGUUAAAGGUAGAGGGAUAGUGAUGAAGGGUUCGGGUCCUCAGGCUAUGAAGCCUAUGAUACUCUCACAUGGCUCGACCGGAGGGUUCUUGACUCAUUGCGGUUGGAACUCGACGAUCGAAGGGGUAUCUUUUGGUGUACCAAUGAUCACAUGGCCGAUGUUCGCUGAACAGUUUCUCAAUGAGAAACUUGUAGUGGAGGUCUUGAAGGUUGGGGUUAGGGUUGGUGUGGAGAUUCCUGUGAGAUGGGGAGACGAGGAAAGAGUUGGAGUGUCGGUCAAGAAAGAUAGUGUUGUGAAAGCUAUAAAGCUUUUGAUGGAUGACGAUUGCCAAGAUGGAAAUGAAGAUGGUGAAUUCUUGAAACGAAGGAAACGCAUUCAAGAACUUUCAGUAAUGGCGAGAGAGGCUGUGGAAGUGAAAGGAUCUUCGAGCACUAACGUUGCAAUGUUUAUCCAAGAUGUCUUAGAGAAAGUGAGUCUCGAAUAG